AUGCAGGCCGUACUGCGAGCGCCCAUUGCCCUGUUUUCCUUGUUGGUCGAUGUGUUAUUGUUCUGGUACAGGAAACUAUGGGGACGGUGGACUACCAGGAGCGAGAUUGACGAGUGGCUCGAUGCGCUACAUGAUGCCGAGGUAUAUGAGGAUUGGGAGCAUGCGGCCUUGCACCUGGACAACCUGAAGGAACUCAAUCUCUGGCGCAACAAUCCGUCCUCUCACCACUACGACUGGAUGCUCAUCAACGACCGUGUAAACUCGAUCGUCGAGGCCCGCGACAGCGACGACCUACAAUUACUCGUCGAUCUGGUGCGCUCCGGGCUGGUACGCAAUCUCGGCAAUAUCACAUCCCCGCGGCUGUACAAUCGGGCCUUCGCCGGGACUAAAUACCUGAUCGAAGAGUACGUUGCGCAGAUGGUCGAGGCCAUCGAGGACAUAAGAAACCGCAUCGCCACGCCGCCACACGAUAAUUACACGCAUUCGUACGCCCUGUCGACCCAGCGGAAGCUGGAUAUCCUGCACGACUCCAGACAGGCGUUCGGGCGGAGCACGCUGGUGCUUAAGGGUGGCGCCAUGUUUGGGCUGUGCCACAUGGGCGUAGUUAAGGCGCUGUUCCUGCGAGGUCUGCUGCCGCGCAUCAUCACCGGCACCGCGACCGGUGCGCUCGUCGCCACUCUAGUGGCCAUCCAUACGGACGACGAGUUACCCGGCGUGCUGAAGGGGGACGGGAUCGAUCUGUCAGCCUUCGAGAGGCAUAGACAGCAGGUGCACAGCGACCGCAGCUGUUCGCCUUUCGUCGGGCGUACCGGGAAUACGCUUCUCCGCAGGCUGCUCAGAUUCUGGCGCGAAGGCUAUUUUCUCGACGUGAAGGUGCUUGAGGAGUGCGUCAAAGACAACGUCGGCGAUUUGACCUUCGAGGAGGCGUACAAUAGGAGCAAGCGUGUCUUAAACAUCGCGGUUGCUAUCGCAGAGCAGGACGGGAUCCCUGCGCUCUUGAAUUACAUUACCGCCCCGAACGUGUUAAUUUGGACAGCGGCCGUCGCAUCCAAUGCCUCUACCCCCUCUCUCUACGGAAGCAGGCGAACAACGAUACUGUGCAAGGAUGUGACCGGAAAAAUCGUGCCCUGGGCGCCAGCCAGCACUUUUCUUCCUUGGACACACACGUCAGACAAGAACCACAAGUCGCCACUAUCGCGCGUCGCGCAGCUCUUCAACGUCAACCACUUCGUGGUCAGCCAGGCCCGCCCUUACCUGAUCCCUUUCCUCGAGUCGGACAUGCACGGCCCGCCGCUCUUCACCGCGCGGCACAAGCAGGCGCAACUGACGGGUCACAUAUUCAGGAUCGUCGGGUUAGAGGUUCGGCAUCGCCUGCGGCAGCUCGACACGUUGGGCCUGCUACCCGCCGCCAUUCGAAGGUUUUUGGUCGACGAGGAAGUGCCAGGCGCAAGCGUGAUGCUCGUGCCCAAGGUGACGGCAGGGGACUUCGUGCGCCUGCUCGACACCCCCACUCGUGAAACGCUAGAUUACUGGAUCCUGCGCGGCGAGAAGAGUGUGUGGCCGGCCGUGUGCGCGCUGACCACGAGGUGCGCUAUAGAGUACGAGAUUGAAAGUUCAUAUCAGCGAACGCGUAGUGUCAAGGCUGCGGGCCUAAGGCGGAAGGCGAGCACUGGCGGAGCCGUCCCGGGACUUCAGGCUACCAACGGCAAGACGAUCGUCACCCCUCCCUCCUCUUCGGGCGCAACGCAUGAGGGACUCAGGCAGCAGAGCGAGGUGGUAGAUUAGAGGCGCCGAUAUCCGUUGCCUGUCCGUACCACCCUGUGGCCAUCGCGAGGGGAAAGCGACCCAGGAUUUCCGCAGCGAACAAGCGGGCCAGAUGUCCAAGCGGGGAUGAGAGUCUCCCAUUCUAGGAUGGGUGAAGAGUUUUGAUGAUCGUCUAUGGAGGCAUACCCUCAAGGCCCCUGCAGAAUGCGCCGCAAGGAGGCAGCGCGCCGAUACCAAAAACCAAGGGCUUUCUCGGCCGACCGGCCGGCCGGCCGGCCUUGUGUGGGCUGCUGGCAAGCGAGAGGCAGCUUAAAACGACGCCAUUAAUACAACCAACUAUAUGUGGGUCUGACAAAAGGCCCCUUGUCGAUCCCGUGGUGCCGCCUAUUCACCUACCCAUCAACGAGCGCGGAGUGUGAGGCGCAGAAACUAAUGUGCCUUUACUAAUCAAUCUCAAAGAUGUACCGUCAUC